AUGGGAGAAUUAGUACAACUUGAAACUGGCAGUAUUGUAGAAGGAUGGAAGAUUGAUGGAAAACUUGGGGAAGGUGCCUUCGGUGCUGUAUAUGUUUGUUCCAAGGAGAAUAAGAAAUAUGCGCUCAAGGUAGAAAGUGUUCAUGAGAAAGUUGGCUUCUUGAAAAUGGAGCUAACGGUACUGAGCAAAUUGAAGGAGCAAGACCGCCUGAGACAUUUUUGUACCAUUGAGGAUAAAGGUAGACAUAAAGACUUCUUCUACAUUGUUAUGACUUUGGUUGGAAGAUCGCUACAGGAUCUACGAUUAGAGGCUCAGAACAAAAAAUUUUCAUUAGGAACAGCGAUCAGUGUCGGUAUUAAAUGUUUGGAAGCAUUGGAAGAUUUGCAUAAUGUUGGCUACUUGCAUCGAGACGUUAAACCGGGCAAUUUUGCCAUCGGUAGACCCGAAGUCAACGAACUACGAAGCGUAUACGUUCUUGAUUUUGGCAUGGCUCGAUUGUAUAUCCAUGAAGAUGGCACGAUGCGAAAUCCUCGAGCACUAACUGGAUUUCGCGGUACUGUAAAGUAUGCUCCGUUAUCGGCUCAUAUAUUACGCGAACUGUGUCGGAAGGAUGAUGUAGAAUCGUGGUUGUACAUGGUUGUCGAGCUUACCAAUGGAAAACUACCUUGGAGGAAUAUGACGGAAAUCAAUGCUAUUGGCAUAUCCAAAAAGCGAUGUCGCAAAGACAAAGGUAUAAAAAAACUGUUCGGCGGUUGUCCGAGAAGAUACAUUGAGAUACUUCAAUUAUGCGAUAAGACGAAAUUUUUCGACACACCUGAUUAUGAAAAGAUUUAUAGUCUGAUGCGUAAUGCUAUUCAGGAAACAAGCAGUCAGGAAUAUCCAUAUGAUUGGGAAAAAUCAAUUCCAAGGACAAAAAGUGAUGAAGGUGGAGUAGGCCUUUUAAGCCAAUACAAAAGUACUAUUUUUGGUGCGAUGCCGACUGCACAAUCGCCAAGAAAAGAGAUGGUUGAUAGAGCAGACAAAGAAACAAAUGUAGAACCAAAAGCUUCAUAA